AGAAGACAAGUUUCUGUCUUUCUCUCUCUCUGUUUUUUAGUCCUCAAUGUUGUCUGGUGGGUGUGGAGAUAUCAAAUACAGCAGAGGCUCAUCAUCAACAACGUCGUCUUCUAUUACAUCUUCAUCGCCUUCAAUUUCAGUCUCAUUAGGAGCCAAAACCAUGGAAGAAGUUUGGAAAGACAUCACUCUCCUACAAGACCAGUCAGUCAUGACACCUAGACCUGCAACAACCCACAAUCACCACCACCAUCAUCAGCAUCUUCACAAUAAUCCCAACUAUACCCUCCAAGACUUCCUUGCCAGACCCUUUAACAAAGACCCAGCAUCGACAGUCGUCCAUGGCGCUUCGCAUCCUGCCAGUCAUGUUUUGAGCUUGAAUUCUGGAACUGGGUUUGAUUUCUUGGAGCCUAGCUAUGAGCACUUACGAGUCUCAAAUGGCUCUGCUCUUAAUAACCCAUUUGAGGAUUUGGGCUCCUCUAAUGGUUUACCUCGUUUUGGGAAGAAAAGGGUCCAGGAACCUGAUAACGGCUCGAGCGAUAGAAGGCAUAAGCGCAUGAUCAAGAACAGAGAAUCCGCAGUUCGAUCAAGAGCUCGAAAGCAGGCAUAUACGAACGAACUGGAGCUUGAAGUAGCACAGUUAAUGGAAGAGAAUGCGAGGCUCAAGAGUCAGCAAGAACAGGUCCAGUUGCGCUUAGCAGCAGCAGCAGCAGCUCAGAUUCCCAAGACUCACACGCUUCAUCGAACGUCAACUGCUCCAUUUUGAGUAGUAGGGAUAGAAUGUGUGGGGGAAGCAAGGAAAGAGUGGAGUACGGCAGGUAUGUGUAAAUUGUAAUGGCUCCAAGAAACUGUACGGUUUGAAAAGAUGGGUCGUUUGUGUUCUACACAGGCUAUCAUUUUCUAUCUUUUGGGGUUGGGCCUCUUUCUGUCUCCCUCUAUGUACAUAUAAGCUUAAUUUUCAUUAUUGCUAGUCAUUGAUGUUGA